GCUUCGGCGAUUCCUCUCGCGAUUUCACGUCGUUUUCGGCGGUCGCUCGUUCGACCGCGGCGCACGUGAAACGCGCCGUUCCGCAUUCGCGGGUCAAUGCGAAUUCCGAGUCCGACGGACCGAUACGUUUGCCAAUAAAUCUAGACAGUUUGCACAAUUCCUGUGUAUAAAUUACAAACCAUGUAUAAAGCGCGUGAGAUGCUCUCGGCGCUUUUGUAUUAUAAAAGACUCGUAAGGGGAAUAACGAAUACGUCGAUGCGGAAAAAUCCGCAUUACGUGCUGAGCUCCAUUUUUCUGGAGUAUCUGCAUCGUAGAUAUCAAAAAUUGUUCACGCAAAAUCUCAAAUGGGUCACAUUGUCGGACGCGGCUUUAAGACGUAUGGCGGAGGAUCUCGAAGUAACGCAGAACGAAUACGUCGAUUGUGAAUCUUGUGCAAUCGCGAACAUACAGUUCCCGGAGAAAUCGUCAAGUUCCGCUGCCUGGUUCAAUGUAUGCUCGACGGUGUCAAUGAUGAAAUAUAAAUUACUGAUUCUAUUCGUGCCGGAUGUCGACGAGAACACCGUCCUAAUAUCUGAAACAAUGGAGCACAAUCUGCGAAACGCACUUCGGUGCGAACAAUUGGACAGUUCAUGUUUCAUACUACCAUUGAAAAACAACGUGAUCGAGUUUGCAAGCGAGGCGAGAGUAUCCGUAAUGGGCAGCCACAAAUACAUAAUGCUGAACGAGACGUUACAAAAUUACUUCCUACAUCCCCGAUUUUUGCACGUGAACGACGUACUUAGGAUCGACUUGAAGGAACACGCUCACGAUCACAUUUACUCCGGUUCCGCGAUAUGUAUUGUAGUUAAAGCCCUAAAAGUGAAUCGCUCCGGGCAGAGCAGCAACGUUGGAAAUUGUUACGUCGUUCGUGGUGAGUCGGCGCUCUUUGAGGUAACAUCAACUACCGAUUACCUCCCUCGGGAACGCGUUCACUCGUUUCCCGACGGUGUGUUUCUACCGCGAGACAGAGCGGCGCCAAGUUACAGAUAUCCGUCAGCUCUAAUGGAACCCUUGGAACAUCUGGAAUCUUGCAUUAAGCCGUUUUUAAAAAAAGGCCUUAAAGACAUUCGAUUGAACGUAAAGCCGGUAUUCCUUGUGAAAGGGCCGGAGGGUUGCGGUAAAUCCGAAUUAGUUGAAACAGCAGCCAAGAGAAUGGGCUUGCUGUUCCUCAAUACUGACGUUAUGGCGACUUUUGCAUCGAUGAAAACCGAACUUAUGCUGCGCAGUAUGCUGGAAACUGCGGAAUCAUGCACGCCAUGCUUACUGUAUAUAAAUAAUAUCCAAACAUUCGGUAAAACUCUCGAGGGCCAAAAGGACGAGAGGGCCAUUUCCGACUUCGCGGCGGCGGUCGCUCGGCUGAGCAACAAGCGCUACGAAUUUCCUCUGAUUGUCGUAGCUUCGUCGGACGAGACUGACCUACCCGCGGAACUGCAGCGGAUUUUCGUUGAGACAAUUCGCGUGAAGCAUUUAGAUCAGGAGAAACGAGCGGAGCUGAUAUCUUGGCUGCUGUCCACCAGGAAUCUAACGGCUACCGCUGACCUGUCGAAAGUAGCUGCUCUUUGCUCGGAUUUUAAAUUCGCGGAUCUGCUAGCGUUGUCCCUGCACGCAGUCAAAUUUCGGUGUGAAUUGACACCGCCCGAUAAGAGGUGCACGCUUAAUCUGGAACAAGAAGAUUUCGAUCGAGCUUACGAAUAUAUGCAGUCCAUGUACUCCGACAGUAAAGGCGCUCCACACGUGGCAGAAGUCCACUGGGAGGACAUAGGUGGUUUGGCGGAAUUGAAACACGAGAUUAUUCGCAGAAUCCAGUUGCCUUUGUUGAAUGCUUUCGGAUUUGGACAAUCCGGAUUGCUAUUAUAUGGCCCGCCCGGCACUGGGAAGACUCUUCUCGCUAAAGCGGUCGCGACGGAAUAUCAGAUGAGCUUUUUGUCGAUCAAAGGCCCGGAGCUGUUAAAUAUGUACGUCGGUCAGAGCGAGGAGAACGUCCGACAGAUUUUCGAGAGCGCGCGCUCCGCGGCCCCUUGCAUCAUCUUUUUCGACGAGCUGGACUCGUUGGCGCCCAAUCGGGGUAGAGCCGGGGACAGCGGCGGCGUGAUGGACCGCAUAGUUUCCCAGUUACUCGCUGAGAUGGACGGCCUCGAGGAGUCCGGCAGCAUAUUCAUCAUAGGGGCCACGAACAGGCCCGACCUCAUAGAUCCCGCGCUGCUCCGACCGGGAAGAUUCGACAAGAUGCUCUACGUCGGCAUCCACUCCGACCGCGCCUCCAAGCUCAGCGUGUUGAAGGCGCAGACACGUAAAUUCGAGUUCCGUGAAGACGGGCGGGAGUUGGAACAGGUCGUGGAUCGAUUGCCGGACAACGUCACCGGCGCGGACCUGUACUCGGUCUCUUCCAACGCGUGGCUCAACGCCGUACGCGACGUGCUUGCGAAGCAUCAGGAAACUGAGAGAACCGAUAACAGUCACUCCGUCGAAGAGGAGGGUGUAAUUAAGGAUAACGUUAUCGUGGAAUUGCGCCAUUUGUCGGAUGCUAUUUGCAACUUGGUACCCUCAGUCACUGACGAAGAGAUAGAAAGAUACAACAGAAUGCGGGUAGAGUUAUCGUCGUUGUAAUUCCGGAAUCGUUUUCCAAGAUAUAACACAAAAUGUAUUUUUUUACUCUCACGGUUUUUCGAGGUUUUAAACGGUGAGUAAUAAGUCAAGCAUUGAUUGUCGAAGAGGAAAAAGUAUAAAUUAAGAAUAAUGUUAUCAUGGGAUCGUGUUAUUUUUCGGAUGCUAUUUACGACUUGAUAUCUUCAAUCACUGAUAAAGAGAUAAAUAAAUAUAAUGAGGGUAGAGUUAUCUGUCGUUGUGUAACUCGGAAUCGUUUUCCAAGAUAUUAGUACAAAAUAUAAAGUUACUUUCAAGGGGUUCGAUAUUUUAAAUAAUAAACAACAAGUCAAAUAUCGUUUGUUGGCGAUGACAAACUUACACUGUGUAUACAAUAAAUUUUAUUUUUGUGCCAAGUUGCAAAGUGUUUACUUCUUGUUGCAUACUGAACACACAUUUUAUAUUGGAAUAGAAUGUAUUGAGCGAUUUGCCUGUAAAAACAAUCUCGCGAAUGAAAUAACGCGCGUGUUAUAAACGACAUGUUAUUUUAUUUCGAGAAGUAUGUAAAACAAUUUUUUUUACAGCGAAUAAUUAAAACGAAGAAGGAGUCAAUCUACGUUCGUUACGUCUUAUCUUCGAUUUGCGUGUCGUGUCGAUUAACGUUACUCCGCAUAUUCAUUUCCGUCAAAUCCUCGAACCGUGCGCGCGACGAGAAGCGCAAAAGUGUUGGAAACUUCAUCCCGUUGUUUUUUUUCCGAGGCAUCUCGGCACGUACCUCGGGCGCUUCUCACGCGCGCGCGCACACACACUCGGUACAUUAUGCCAUUAGUACACAACGACCGGAAUAUACAAUGUAGAAAAAUAUGACACCUAAUUUCCACCAGAUGCACCCGCGUCGAAUCCGAAGUAUGAAGGCUAAAAAUUCUCCUCAGAAAGUGGGAGGGAGAGGUGGAGGCGAUACUGCGGCUGGAUGCGAUUAAGUGCAUAAUAGGAAGCGAAUAAAAUUACUAUCGGGUGCAUCGGUUCUCAACAUCGCGUGGGAUCGCACGGGUAAAUUUCGUCACUCGUCAGUUUUGCAGGAUGAAUUGUGUCCGCUUUUACGUAACAGCGCGACGCUCCAACGAGACGUCUGUCUCCGCGAUAAGGAAGAAAUUCAACGGGAGCAUGAAUAUCGUAUCUAAAUAUAUAUAUUAUACUACACGAUGCUUCGCCUUGUCUGUAUGUACGUGUCCAUCUGUCUGCUGUGUGUAUCUGUGUGUUGUGUGUGUGCGAAUCACGUCAGAAGAAUCGUUGAACGCGCUUAAACGAGCAACGCACCUGAUAUAACGUUCUUCAUAUCGCUCGGACGAUCACAUCGUAUACCUUUGGUAUAAUCGCGAGGUAGUAAUUAUAACGUUUCGCCGUGCAAUCGUCGCGCACAACAGACGACGCGGGACGGAUCGCAUCAUCGUUUCCGUAGAACUGAUCCGCAAGCACGCCUCCCUGUCGUCACGACGAACAAUCGUUUUUGCAAGCAAAACCGCGCGGCAGGACCGUCGUUCUUCCACUCCGUCGUAUUCUUAUCUCGCCGAUUUCAGAUCUGCCCCUUGCCGCGGAACAAAACGAUUAUGCAUUACGCUUGAGCAUCUACCGCAAAGGUGUAAAUUAACAUAAAGCGAUACGCUUGGUGUAUCUCGAUACGGCGUACCUACAAUAAAUUUCCACUUCGUCAUCGCCAAGUACGCCUCGUCAUUAACUGUCGCCUGAACACUAUCGAAACUUGUUCUUUUUUUUUUUUCGAGUAUUUUCUCCAUUAUAAUCCGCAAUGUAUAUAGGAUCUUAAAUCCGUAACUUCCCCGAUCGAGUCGCGCGCGGGUGCGUCUUCAUCUCGAGGUCGUCGGAGAGCUCGUGAACUUUUGACAUAACGUCGCUUCUCCGCGUUCUCGAAAUUCGAUUCCGACUUUCAUUCCUCUCCUCUCCCUAUACAUCGACAUACCCCCAGUGCGCGGCGAGGAGCCGAUGUAAGUAUCACAUACGGUGGAUACGCGUAAUUUUUUUUUUUUUUGCCGUAAGCGCGUGUCUGCGAGUCGAAAAAAUGAAAAGCUCCGCGUAGAUCCGGAUUCUAGGAGGUCGCAAGUCUUGUGCGCAUUACUCUCUAAGGCUAACGUGCCUCGGCGUAGUUUCUCUCUCAGCUAGGAUCAGAAAUCACGAAUGCGAAUUAACAAUUUUUAUACACUUGAAACUGUUAUCUUAUCGAUUUUAUCCUCACCGAGGUAUCUUGCGUGCGUGCAUCAAUCACGCAGCGCUAACGUGUGUGGAGGACAUUAUACAUAAUAUACAUUAAAUAGCGAUAUACAUAUA